UGGUCUACUCUUUAAGAGGCUUUCCUCUCAGUCUGACAACAGUCUCGCCUGGGACAGCUGGUGAUACGGACGGGAUCUCUCUUCACAGCGAACGUGAACUCUAAGCUACAGCCAUGGCUCGUCUGGACCAAGUCAUCACAAACAUUGUGGAUAUAUUUCUGGAGUAUGCUGCUGAUGAUGGAGGCAAGAACCCGAAGUUAAACAAAGACGAGCUGAAAAAGGUGUUGGAGCAAGAAAUACAAUCCCCUGAGUUGAAAGAUAAAAUCAAUGCAGGUGACAUUGAGGAGGCCAUGAAUAUGCUGGAUAAAAACCACGAUGGCGAGGUUAACUUCCGAGAGUUUUGUCGGUGUGUGAGUGACCUGGCUAAAUGCUACUACCAGAAGAAGACAGGCAGGGGAGGCAAAAAAGGCAAGGGCAAAGAACGAGAAGGUGAACAAGAAGACUAAAGAACCAACCCUUAAAAUGUUUGUUGUGUCAGAAUAUAUUAGAUAUUAGAUAGUUCAGACGUUUACAGUGUCUGUUAUAUGUGACACAGCUGACCCUGGAACCAGAUGUUGCUACAUCCAUUAUUCAAACUAAGCUUAUUUAUGUUUUGAAAGUGCAUGCAAGAUGUGAUAUUCGCGGCCUCUGUCAACCUCUGUCAACAGGUUUUCCAUUUGUUACUUUGCUGAAAAUUAAUAAAAGCAUUGGCGUUUGAUUUGA